CGAGACAUUUGGCAUUUGGCCUUUUCAGUCACCGAUCUGCCAUGGAUGAGCUGUCCUUGUCACAACCCCAGGUCCAGGUGGCCUUGGCGGUGGUUAUUGGGACGAUCCUUCUACUAAUCUUGAAAUUAUUUUCAGGAAGAAAGCGGGGCAGUGCUGUGCUGCUUGUCGGGCCGUGCAACGGUGGCAAGACGACGCUGUUCUAUUGUUUGAAGGAUGGAGCAACGCAUGGCGCAACCGUGGCAUCGAUGCAGGAGAAUGAGGGCUGGUGCCAGGUCCGCAACGACAAAGACAGGAUAGUCGGCAGUGUACGGGUCCUGGACCUGCCGGGACACCCACGCCUCCGCUCGAAGCUGGAACAAUUCCUGAAGGACGCAUCGGCAGUUGUCCUCGUGAUUGACUCAGCUGACAUAACCCCCAAUAAAACCGAGGCGGCAGAGGACCUAUUCGAGGUGCUUACACACCCCGCCGUUGCGCGGCGGCGCCUGCCGGUCCUACUUGCUUGCAACAAAGCGGAUCUGGAGACCCAGGCCCAUUCAGUUGACUUCUGCCGGCGCACUAUUGAGAAGCAGCUGGAUGCCAUGCGGAAAACUCGCCUCGCACUUGGCGGUGACCCGGGGCGCGCGAUUUCCGCGCUGGGCAAGCCGGACAAGCCGCUGUCGCUCGCUGCACUGCGCAGCCCCAUCACAUCGGCGAGCAUCAGCGCGGAAAAGGGCGAUGUGUCGGAAGUCAUGCGCUUCCUCGCGAAGCUUUUGUGAGGCAAGGCUACCGUGGGAACCACUUAUUGCCAUCUAGGCUGUGCGCGGCCAUGUGCAGGGCCAGCUACCCGGUGUGCAAGUGGAUAUGAAUGUCUGUUAUAUUGGAGCUUGCUCGUAGCUCGUCGCCCUGUGUGGAAUGGACCUCCUGUUUGCCCAUGCGCUCCUUUUCCUCCUCCACGGCGCCGGCAGACCUUUUCGCACUGACAGAGCAGGGCCGAUGUGUGUGGCAACCGCGUUGGCUGUCCGAUGGUGUCGUUCGCAUGCACAUGCGGCAGCCCGAUUCCGGACAUGACCUCCUGAGGGGAUUACCCGGCUAAUGCAUCAUUAUGGAGCGCGCACAGGCUGUAAAACUAGUGUUGGGGCGAAGGGUGAGUUACGGUCGUGGCUGGACUGGCUUGGCUGUAAAGUGCUUGGGAAAUGCUCUCGGUGCAGCGGUACGGCCACCAAGGCAGCCGGAGGUGCGGAGGUUUCUUUUGGGUGCCCAGGAUGGAGAGUAUCGGGUGAAGUUGUGGCGGCCACCGCUCGGCCUUCCUUGCCACGCUUCCCUGUACGGAGCACUGGUGCCACUGCCUUGGGACGUCUAGUACCCCUGCCAAGUCAACAUGUCAGGUCUGAGGACAUGUGUUGGUGGAGCACUUGUCGGGGUAGCUUCAUGGCUCGAAAGGAACCAGCGCUGUUAAAGCCGCCAUCGAUGAGGGGGCGAAUGAGUUAGCCAUAUGGCUGUAAGGCAAAUCGUUAACCAAUGCGAGGAAGGGAUAUCCCGGAUCUACGCUGAUGCAGGAUUGGCGCUGGCCGGCAGCUCUCUGUGUCCUCGAUUCUAUGCUUGACUACCGUUUAAUUCUGCGUACGACUAUUCCGUACUGACAUGUGUGUGCGUGUGCGAGACUCCUUUACUUUAUGGUGUACAAUCUUGUAACAGUAAACCCUG